CCAUUUUUCCAGGAACCGAACCGGAACUGAAACCAGCUCCACCUGCGUUUUACAUCCUACCCUCUGAAGGGAUACGGCCCGGGGCGGGAGCCCACCUGCACCGUACUGGGGGGUACCCCUACAGGAGGGGGGUGCGUUCAGAGAGCCCGGCUGGCCUGCGGGGGUCCCAGGACCAUGGGAUCUACCCGGGGCAGCGUCCUGCUUCUGCUAUGGGGGCUGGUUCUGCUCACCGGAGCCCAGACGUCCAGGAGCAACGUCCCCCGACUAAGGCUCUCCUACAAGGAAAUGCUCCAGUCUAACAACCUGGUGACAUUCGAUGGCCUGGCCAACAGUUCGGCUUACCACACAUUCCUGCUGGAUGAGGAGAAAGGGAGACUCGUGGUCGGGGCCAAAGACCACAUCUUCUCCUUCAACCUCCUCAACAUCAGCAAGGACUACUCUCAAAUCGCCUGGCCCCCGUCCACAGCCAGGAGGGAUGAAUGCAAAUGGGCAGGGAAGGACCUCUCGAGGGAGUGUGGUAACUUUGUCAAGGUGCUGCAGCCUCUGAACCAGACCCACCUGUACGUGUGCGGGACGGGGGCCUUCCAUCCCGUGUGUGGGUUCCUGGAGGUGGGACGGAGGCCAGAGGACAACCUGUUCAGGCUGGGGCCCUUCAUAGAGAACGGCAGAGGGAAGAGUCCCUAUGACCCAAAGCUCUUCACAGCUUCUAUGCUGAUUGAUGGUGAGCUGUACUCCGGCACGUCGGCUGACUUCAUGGGGCGGGACUUUGCCAUCUUCCGGACUCUCGGCAAGCACCACCCAAUCAGGACGGAGCAGCAUGAUUCUCGUUGGCUGAAUGAGCCCAGGUUCGUGAGCGUUCACCUGAUCCCUGAGAGUGACAACCCCGAAGACGACAAGAUCUACCUGUUCUUCAGGGAGAGCGCCAUAGACGGAGAGCAUGCUGGGAAGGCCACACACGCGCGCAUCGGACAGCUCUGCAAGAAUGACCUGGGGGGUCACCGCAGCCUGGUGAACAAGUGGACCACCUUCCUGAAGGCUCGUCUGGUCUGCUCUGUGCCGGGCCCCAACGGGAUCGACACACACUUUGACGAGCUGCAGGAUGUUUUUCUAAUGAGCACCAAGGACCCCAAGAACCCCAUCGUGUACACGGUGUUCACCACCUCUAGCAACAUCUUCAAAGGCUCGGCGGUGUGUCUGUACAGCAUGGUGGACAUCAGGAGGGUGUUCCUGGGCCCCUACGCCCACCGCGACGGUCCCAACUACCAGUGGGUGCCGUUCCAGGGCCGGGUGCCCUACCCGCGACCAGGCACGUGCCCCAGCAAGACGUUCGGCGGCUUCGACACCACCAAGGACCUCCCCGACGACGUGGUCACCUUCGCCAGGAGCCACCCGGCCAUGUUCCACCCAGUCUACCCCAUCAACAACAAGCCCAUCAUGGUGAAGACGGACGUGGACUACCAGUUCACCCAGAUCGUGGUGGACAAGGUGGAGGCGGAGGACGGCCAGUAUGACGUCAUGUUCAUCGGCACUGACAUUGGAACGGUGAUGAAGGUGGUGUCCGUCCCCAGAGGCUCCUGGCAUGACCUGGAGGAGGUGUUACUGGAGGAGAUGACUGUGUUCAGGGAACCCACGGCCAUAACAGCAAUGGAGCUUUCUACAAAGCAGCAACAGCUGUACCUGGGUUCGUCCAUCGGGGUGUCCCAGAUGCCGCUGCACCGCUGCGAGGUGUACGGGAAGGCGUGCGCCGAGUGCUGCCUGGCCCGGGACCCCUACUGCGCCUGGGACGGGUCCGAGUGCUCCCGCUACUUCCCCAUGGCCAAGAGACGCACCCGCCGCCAGGACAUCCGCAACGGGGACCCUCUGACCCAGUGCCAGGACCUGCAGCACCAAGAUGAGCUGAACGGGCAGACCACCAUGCUGGAGAAGCGCGUGUAUGGCGUGGAGAACAGCAGCACCUUCCUGGAGUGCAGCCCCAAGUCCCAACGCGCCGUCACCUCCUGGCGCUACCAGAAGACCAGCGGGGACCGCAAGCAGGAGGUCAAGGCCGAGGAGCGGUUCGUCCGCACCGAGCAGGGACUUCUGAUCCGCACGCUGGCCCGGGGCGACUCGGGGCUCUACCUGUGCCAGGCGGUGGAGCACGGCUUCAUGCAGACGCUGGUGCGGGUCGCCCUGGAGGUCAUAGUCACCGAGCGUCUGGAGGACAUGUUGCACCGCGCUGAAGACACCGCCAGCCCCUCCCCCGCCCGGGAUCGUCUCCCUCCUCACCCACCUCCGCCACACCUUCCUCCUCCUCCUCCUCCUCCUUCCUCACCGCACCGGGAAUCGCCCAACCAGAAGCUGUGGUACCGGGACUUCCUGUCCCUGGUCGACCACCCCACGCUCAACAGCGUGGACGAGUUCUGCGAGCAGGUGUGGAAGCGGGAGAGGAAGCACAAGCGGCAGAAGGCUCAGCUGCUGCAGCAGGGGCAGGUCCAGCAGCAGCAGCAGCAGCAGCAGCAGCAGGAGCAGCAGAGGGGGCAGAGUCCCGCCGUGCACGCCCACGGGCCUCACGUGCACGCCCACGGGCUGGCGAGCGCCAAGUGGAAACACCUGCAGGAUCGGCAGAAGGGACGCAACCGGAGGACCCACGAACUAGAGAGGGCGCCACGCAGCGUCUGACGCCCCCGUGACCUUUGACCUUUGGCCAACAAGCGGACCCUGAACUCUGAACUCAAACCUCAUCUUGUUCCUGGUGCACGGAUCACAAGCCCCGCCCCCCGCCCUCCCCAACCCCUCGUUGACGUUUCAUUCCCGUACUGAUGUACAAUAACAGGCUUCUUCAGACUGGAUGGAAAACAGUCACAAUCAUUUCCUGUUCUUCUGGUUGACGUGUAUGUGUGUAUAUGUGUGUGUCUGUGUGUGUGUGUGUGUGUAUAUGUGCGUGGGCAGCCUAUUUUACAGAAACACAGCCUGUAUACAGAGGUCUGAAUCUCAAUACCUGACAAGGUAUUCUGACAGCCAGCCCUGACUAGAUAUAAUCCACACACACACAGAGACACACACACACACACGCACACCCCCACACAAACACACACACACACACACACACACACACACACACACACACACAC